GCAGCAACAGUCGUGAGAACAACAAGCAGGACUAAAUACCAAGUGUCGUUAUACGAAAAGGAUAAUAAUAAGCAACAGCAAAACUAAAAGUUACAAUGUUGUCUAAAAUUGUGUGCAGUGUAUUUGUGAUUGUGUGCCUAUUCGCAGUCGGCCACAGCAGUCCCGUUGAUAACAAUGGCAAGUAUGAGGUUUCAGGUCAUACCGAUGGUCAAUACCGACCAAGUGAUGAUGGACGUUAUCAUCCAAAUCCCAACGAAGGCCGUGCCGGUUAUGAGGAUAGUUUAGGUCGCUAUAGCCAUAUGCCACAGCCUUAUCAGCAUGUGAAUGAUAAUCGUGAGCUGGGCGUAUAUCAUCACGUACCCUAUCCAUAUGAUGGUGGCUAUGGACCCUACGCUGGUUUGAAUUUGCCCUAUAUACAUGAUGAUAGGCCAUACGACCAUGAUCUGUACACAACGACCACCACCAAGAAGCCCACUACAACGACUCCACGCACUACCACUACAACAACAACGACCACGACGACGCCACGCCCCAUACAUUUCAACUAUGAUGAUGAAGGCCGCCAUAAGAUCUUGCACCAGGAAGAGAUCCGCAAACACGACAAAUACGAUCAUGCUUUCCUCACCGAGAACGGCAUUUAUGGCGAGGAGCAAGCUAAGCUGCAUCAUGCAGGCGGAACUCAUGCCAAGGGCUACUAUGAAUACACUGGUGAUGAUGGCAAGCUCUAUCGCGUCAAUUAUCACUCCAACGAUGGCGGCUUCAUGCCUGAGGGCGAGCAUAUUCCCACACCUCCACCAAUCCCAGAUGCUAUUGCACGCGCCUUGAAAUAUGUGGACGAGCAGCGCAAGGUGAAUGGCGAUAUGUCUUUGUUCGACCAUCGUGGCUUCCGCAUCAAUCACAUGACCAAGGAUAUCAAGGCUCAACUUAAGACCAUUCAUCUGGAGAUGAUGCCCAAGGAGAUUUCCGAUAACAUUCGCAUUCUGCAGCACGAAGUUGAGUUGGCCGAGGAGGAAGAGGAGCGUGAAGAGCAGGAGCGCAAGCAUCAUCGUGUCUAAGCUGAACUGCAGUGGACAACAAUCAUCUAAAGGCCAUACAGGAUAGUCAUCCCGAAUCUCCCCAGCAAUACAGCAACAAUUCCCUCACUCCAUUCCCAUGCAUUUGCCGCUUGCAUUUGGCAAAACUAUAACAAGCCAUGAAAAAGAAAAACUACAAAAAAAAAA